AUGAAUGAGGGGAAGGGUACGUCACAUGCCACUUCUGAAAUGACUAAGGAUACCGGUGGCGAGAGUGUUGUAGAGUUAGCACGGGGGAAUAGUAGACGUAAACUUUCCCCACGUCCUCGCCAAGAAGUUGCCGAUGCACUCCGAGAAGGUGUCGGCGGCACCGUGGAAACGCCAGAUGAGGAGGAGGAGGUUUUCCUCUUUGACAAAAUGGUACGUCAAACCAUGAAGCCAACCCUCACCCCGUUAUUUGCCGUUAGUUGGUGCUGGCCCAAAGUUUCCGAGGAGAGCGUUCCACAAAGGGAUGCUGAGACUGACCACUGCCAGUGGGACAUAGGUCCUACAACAAUAACUGAGCUUCGGGGGGAUCCCCGUCUUCGCAGAGGGAAUCGUUUAAUAGCGUUGAUUAUAACCGAGGGACGACGGUUUCUACUACCGUUGAUACCAGAGAGGCGUGAGGACGAUGAUUCGCCUGAAUCAGGUGUGUACUGGCAAGUACCUACGAGGCCGUACGAGGUGCAGCUAUCGCAAUCGCCGCGUGCCCAAUUAGUUAUCGGCACGCUGCAACACGUAGAGGAGGUAAAUGAUAUGGUACGCCGUUUUGCAGAAUCGGGCAGCCAACACGACGAUAACGUGUCGCUGACCACCGGUGAACCGAUAGCGGAAUCGGAGGGGACGUUGCAUUCCCCCCUAGGAACUUUCUCCUUCAGUUCUAUCCCCUGCCGUUGUCUGUGGUUGUACCGGAUUCCUAACUGUGUUGUGGUGUCCCUCCCCUGUGAAGAGAGGUUGGUAUUCAUAAAUACGGGGCCUGGUGUUGAGUGUAAAAGUAUUGCUCCGCGAGUGCUGGCAAAUGUACUAUCGUGCGUUUCCUCAUUCUCCUUUCCACGUCAUGUUGUACCACUGGAUGUUAACGAGAUCUUUGACCGGCCUUUUGUGGUUGUUGGAACACUUCUACACGGCGUGCUUGUCGUUCAUGUGGAAGAUUGCGGAAUAUGUACGGGUAUAGUUCACCAUAUUCCACUAACGGGUCUUGUAUCAUCUAUCUUUCCGGUGACUCGUCUUGCUUCGGUGUUCCCUGCACGACGUAACAGAGGUGAGGAAAUUAGUGAAACUUCUGGUGCUUAUUGGCUAAAGUCAGGUCUCUUUUCGCAGUGCCUUGACGGGGUUAUCAUUUGCUCUUCCCCGUACGAAGAUCGCGCAGUCGUAGUGAAGUGUGCGUCCGCUACAAACGGUGGUUGUGGGUAUGAGUUGGCACCACCCAAGCGAUUUUUCUGCGGCAUUUCCUCCGCCACCUACACUUAUUCGAGUGUAGGUACGGUCGUUGGCACAUUAGAUGGAAAAGUCAUGAGCGUUUUGGCGAGCACAGAGCUAACAGAGGAUGGCAGUGGUUCGAAAAGCUACAAAGAGUUUAGGAGGUGCAGGCACUCGGCGGCCUACGAUGCCACAUGUCCCGCCUUUGUGUGCACCGUUCUAGCACGGAACAUGACGAGUGGGGCGCUAACAUUCAUUUGUGAGGGAGGACCGGUUCUACAGAAGACUUCGCACACGAAAUACCAGCGAAGUUUUGUGCGUCACUGGCUAUGCCACAGCACAACUCUUAAUGAGGUUGUUCUCCUUGACCGUAACCUACAAUCAUAUGCCGUACACAGUACCGUGCCAUUGGGGCCCCCCGAAUCAGAUCACUUUGACGAGGAGGCACCCGACGAUUUAAGAAGAGAGACGGACCAAAACACAGAUAACAACCGGGAGCGAGAGGAGGGGAGCGACACCGCUAAUGUUCACUUGGAGAACGGCAACCGACCCCACCAGCCAUUAGAGAAUAUCAUCUCUGGUCUCUCUUGGUUGUUGGUCGAGGAUGGUUUCCUUCAGGUAAUAGUUGCCCACCACAAAAAUUGGCUUUCCACAAUAACGUGGAAAACCUGA